CAGCAUAGCGUAGAGUAGAAAUUCGCAAUCUCGACUGAGUGGCUCUUUGGCUAAAUAUGUCAUCGAGUAGGCCGACGUCUACCACUACUAGUGGGGUUGGGUCAAAAGGCGGUCAAAGCAGCAAGCCGAAGUCCGACACCCCAUCUAGUGCAGCACCCGUUCCAUCAAAGUGUGAUCCAAACAUUCCCACGUCGAGCUCUGAUUGUCUGGGGUCUGCAAUCCAGCUGCCUCAUGGGGAGCCGCAGGGUCACUUGGCUCGGCAAGACGACCCUGCAAGGUAUGUGCGUUCUCUGCUCGAUGACAUGCAGAGUCGCUUCGAAAAUAUGAGCCAGCAGAUUUUAAGCAAAAUUGAUACAUUUGGAUCCAAGGUCGACGCCCUGGAAGCCGAGAUAUCGGAGCUUAUGAAUGAAGCUGGGGCUGAAUUUGAAGACGAAGUGCUGGGGAAGUCAGAGGGAAAAGGGAAGGAGGUUCUUUCCGAGAAGAUAACAUUGGACUCUGAAGCGUGAGUAAGUCGUACCAUAGACAGGGCACUGAAAUUGUGAAAGUAGACAGCUGUUGGAAAAUUGUCUGACCCUCUGCCCAUGUAUGAACGUAGAAGUUCCGAACGAAUACACAGUACAGUAAGAAAA